AUGGAUCCUCUGUCUGCCUUGGGUGCUAUCAGUGGAGCGCUUCAAGUCGCUCAAAUCAUUGGCCAGACCAUCGCCGGUCUCUCGUCUCUUCGAGGAAAAUACCAACAUGCAGACCUCACCAUUCGUUCAAUGAUAGGCGAAUUAUCUACAAUCAAAUCUGCGAUCACUCAAUUGUACGACUGGACAAAAUACAAUGUAGAAGUCAAUUCGAGUCACAGAGAAUAUGAAGAUUCUCUCGCUGUCGCAAUUGACAGUUGCAGUGCGAUUAUGGAAGUGAUUCGGGACAAAGUUGCUGAGCUGACUGCUGCCAGUGCGACUGGACAAGCCAAUAUGCCCACUCUCACAUUUAAGGCUCGCAUUCAAUUGCUAUGGAAUGAAGAUCUAAUGAGAAACCUUGAAGAGCGAUUACAUAGCCAAGUUCGUGCCCUUAACCUGUUGUUACAGGCCUGUCAAUGUCGGUCUUCGACAGAGCAAUUGGAACUUCUCCGGAAAGUGGAAAGUCGACACAUAAUCCAGAAAGUGGCCGACGAUACUGUGACUCUUCGGAGUACGAUCAGCAGUGUUGCUAGCUCUCAAGUUGACAGCCUUUCAAUCAACAGCCGGAGGUUGUCGUCUGUUGGUGAUACGGAAUUUGAAUUUGAUAGCACUUUGAUGGCUACUCUCCCAUAUCAGCGUCCGCGGGUGCAGUCUCAGGUUGUUCAAAUGCAACCAAUUCUGCCCCAAGUUGAGGCGAAUAUAGACUUCGAAUUGCGCCGAGGAGUGUCUAUCAGCACAUCCAAUUCGGCGAGCGACGAAGGUUAUGCCAGUAACAACGUCACACCGAGCCAAUCACUGUCACCGAAUACAUCGCUACAUAGAGGCCAAUCUUUAGGCCCAAAUGAUUUGAUCAUGCUAAAUCACGGGCGCAGUAAAAGCGUAUCCUUUGGAACACAACAGACGCAGCAAAAUCCUGAUGUCCGUCGUUGGGUGUCUACCAGUGACGCUACUACAUUGCCCUCCACCAUAGGGUCAAAGCGAGAGAAGUUUUUGUCGAAGCUGAAACGGCUAAACACAUCUAGUCGAGCAACACUAUCACCCUCACUGCGCAAUGCAACCAUCAACCCCAUUGUAGGAUCAACAAGGGCCCGACGAGGCCGUGAAAGCGGAUUUACCACGAGCAUCGAUCUGAAUACACAAACUGGACGCAGUGCCCCAGACAUCGUCAAAGCAGCACAGUCUGGUGCACGCUAUGAUGUUGAACGAUUGCUAGGAAACGGUCAUGAUAUUGAAGAGAUUCAUCUACAUACCCGACGUAAUGCCCUUAUGGUCGCCGCCCAUUGUGGUAAGGACGAUAUUGCUGCAUUGUUGGUUCAGAACAAUGCGCAGCUGAACCGCUCAGACGCAUCAGGUUCGACGGCGCUUCACCUCGCAGCAUCUCGUGGUCACGUUAGCGUUGUGGAGCUCCUUGUCAUGGAAGCAAUAGAUAUCGAGGCGGAAACCCGGCUUGGAAGAACAGCGCUUUGGGUUUCAGCCAACAACGGACAUUGGCACACAACGCAUACAUUACUUGAAAGCCGUGCAAAAGUGAAUGCUCGAGCUGAUAAUCAAAUGACUGCCCUGCACGUCGCGGCUCGACAAGGAGAUGUCGAAAUUUCCAGGUUGUUAGUGAGUUACGGUGCAGAUAUUGAUGCAAGAGAUGCGUCCAUGAUGACAGCUCUACAUUAUGCAUGCGAAGGUGGCUAUGUAGACGUCGUGGAACUUCUGCUCAAUAAUAAGGCGGACAUAGACGGCGCGGGGAGUGAACGGAAAACGCCACUAAUAUGCGCUGCAGCGAACGGGAAGCUGAUGGUUGUCCAGAUGCUUCUGAGACGGAAAUCGAAAUUCAGAGCUGUGGAUGAGGGUGGUAUGACCGCUCUUCAUUGGGCCGCUUAUAACGGACAUGUUGACAUUGUCGAUUACCUGGCCAGUCAGUCGCGCAGUUUCCUGGUAUUAACCAAUAGACAAGGGAGAACUCCGCUGCAUCUUGCAGCUAUGAAUUCGCAGUUCGCUGUCGUUGAAUUACUAGCCCGGAAAAAUUGUGUUCUGUAUGCUAGAUGCGCGGCUGGUCUGAAUGCAUUGCAUUACGCUUGCAAGGCGGAUAGCAUUGAAAUUGUCCGGCUGCUUCUCACAUAUGGAGUGGACAUUGAGAGCGAGAUCGCUGUCACGCAGCAAAGACCAAUUCACAUAUCAGCAGGCGAAGGAUCGGUAGGAUUAGUCAGACUGCUGUGCGAAAAGGGCGCAUCUCUAGAAGCUCGAGACGCCGAAGGAGAUCGAGCAUUAUGCGUGGCUACUAGACACGGCCAUGUAGCGGCAGUACAGACUUUAUUAGAUUUCGGUUCUCCAUUAUAUCUCCGCUCUGGUGUUCGAUCUUGCGACUCGCCGCUCUGCUUGGCUGCCAAGGGCGGCCAUUUACCAGUUGUCGCGCUACUUAUCAGAAGCGGAGCACCUGUCUUGAGUAAAGAUGAAUUGGGAUGGACACCAUUUCGCUAUGCAGCAUGCUAUGGACAUCCAGAGAUAUUAGAGGCGAUACUCGCAGCCGAGCCGUCAGCGAUGUCUCCUCUAGAAUCUACUAAUUUCUCGCCGGAUACGGUUGGCAUGGCUUCGGGAAGAUUAGAAUUUGCCCCAGACGCGAAUAUCUCAGCAGAUCGGAAGAGACGAGUAACGGAGAUACUCAGUCGGUCACGCCAACCAUGGACAGAUGGAAUGUUGAGAUCUCCAGCUGGAAAUGCGAUCACUCCUGCCCCUCGUGUGGAGUCCGACUAUGACCAUUACACUGUUUCAACGCCAACUCGUCCUGCGAAUGCACAUCGUCGUACUCUCUCGAUGACACCUAAUAUUCCAGCUCCGAGCGAACUACCUGGGACUUUGGAACAGGGUCUUCCGAGUAGUCGAUCCGCGACACCGCCUCACAUGCACCGAGGUGAACAAGAAGCUACCGCCACGUUAUCUGCUGUUUCCAAUCAACCCAGAGUCUUUACCCAAGACACCCCAUCUCAAGGAUAUCAAUUUCACACCUUCAAUCCUUCUACAAUCUUACCAGCCGACAGACUAGCACAAUCAUUAGCCCAACUAAAUUUUCAACUUGACGAAGCGGAGACCACUUCUUCUCACGCAGAAGUAGAAGACGAAGAGGAGACACACGAAGAAGAAAUUCCUGAAAUAGCUGAACUAGAAGGCACACUUCCUCCUCCUUAUCAUGCUUAUUCUUCGCCUAUGCUCUAG